AUGAAUAUUUUCAGGUGGGGCCCAAUCUUCCAGGAUGGUACACCCAAUACCGUCCUAUCUCCUGAAGGGGCUCAUGCUCUCCCACUGUUCAUACACACCCUGGACAAACCAAAACUAAUGCUUAUAAAUAUCACAUAUAAUUAA